GAAAGCGCUUAGACGCUUUAUUAAGAGACUAGUCGCUAAGACAAUUAUUAAUGUGACUAAUAGAUUGAGUAUUUACAAAACAAUUGUUAUCAUGUUUUCAUUACGUCGUGUAUUGCCACUAAUAACAAUUUUUGUAACAAUUUAUAUUGCCACUAAUUGCGUGACCACUGCACGUGAAAUUACCAGGAAUGAUUACAACGAUCUUCAGGUAGCAGCCAGUCAUCAUGGUCAUCAUGGUCAUCAUCAUGAACAUGGCGGCGGGGAGGAGCAUCAUUCCGGUCAUCAUCAUGAACAUGGCGAUCAUGGUCACAAAGAUUAUAAGCACCACCAUCAUCACGGAAAAGGUGAAAAAGGACAUCAUCACAAAGAGCAUCAUCAUGGGCAUCAUGACGAGCACGGAGGACAUAAGAAGCAUCAUCAUCAUGACGAUGGUCAUCAUCAUGAACAUCAUCAUGGUGAAAAGGGGGAGAAGGGUCAUAAGUUCCAUGAGAAAGGCCACUAUGGCAAAGGCCACAGUACUCAUGGCCAUCAUGAAGUAAACAAGAAGGAUGAAUACAAGAAGGAUAAGGAAUUCUUCGACGAACAUCACGAUCAUGGUCACCAUGACGAACACGGUGGACAUCAUCACGAACAUGGACAUAAGAAGGGUGGUCACUUUAAGAAAGGACAUCAUGAUCAUCAUCAUCAUGAGGGACAUCAUGGUAAGAAAGGUCAUCACGAGAAAGGCCAUCAUCAUCAUGAUCAUAAGGGACACAAAGGUCACCACGAUCAUCAUGAGCAUCAUCACCAUCAUCAUCAUCAUGGCAAGAAGGGUGGACACGAAGAUCAUAAGAAAUGGGAAUACAAGAAGGGACAUUAAACCUUGUUACUCAAGAGAUACCACCAGCUGCUUUUGAAUUGGAUUCUGUUACUCUUUCUCAUUCCUAUUACCCACAU